AUGAAUGAUCAAAGUUUCGAGAAGCCUGCAGAUACAGCACCCAGAAACCCGCAUACUCGUGGUAGGAGCGACGCCUCGCUCAAUGGGACCGGACAGCGUAGUAUUCAGGGAUGGAGAUGGGCCGUCGCCUAUGCAGCAAUGCUGUCCACAACGCUCCUCUUCGCCAUCGACAAUACCAUCGUUGCAAACAUCCAGCCUAGCAUCAUCAACGACUUUGGUCAUCUCGAGCUGAUGUCAUGGAUCGGUACGGGUUUCGCUCUCGGCACCAUGUUUAUUCUUCUCUGGGGAAAAGUAUACGGCGUCUUCAACAUCAAAUGGGUCUACAUCUUCAACAUCUUCCUUUUCGAGGCCGGGAGUGCUGUAUGCGGUGCUGCACCUAACAUUCAAGCACUCAUAAUAGGCCGUGUCAUUGCUGGUAUCGGUGGUUCUGGAAUGUAUUCCGGCACCUUGACAUAUGUCUCGGUCCUCACCAACGAGCAGGAGAAGCCAACAUACCUUGCUGGAAGCACUGUUGUGUGGGGCAUUGGCAGUGUUCUUGGCCCUGUUGUUGGUGGCGCAUUCGCAACAAGCAACGCGACCUGGAGAUGGGGAUUCUACAUCAAUCUUCCUAUUGGCGCUAUCUUUGCCCCGGCGUACUUCCUUCUAUUCCCCAGUACCGAUCUCAACCCUACCAAAACUCUCGCGGAAAAGCUCCGCCUCGUCGAUUGGAUCAAUGCUGCCAUCUUCCUGGCGGGAUCUGCUUGCCUGACCGUUGCGCUGACCUUCGGCGGUGUCGUCUAUUCAUUCCACUCAGGGACCAUCAUUGCACUCUGGACUGUCACUGGCGUUCUUCUGGUGGCUUUCAUAGUCCUGCUUAAAGUACAUCCUCUAGUCUCCAAAGAAAACCGCUUAUAUCCUUUACACUUCUUCAAGAAGUGGAUUCUUAUCAACAUGCAGCUCCAAGUCUUUCUAUCUUCGGGCAUAAUCUUAGCCAUGACCUACUUUGUCCCCUUGUAUUUUCAGUUCAUCAAGGGCGAUGGGGCACUCGAAGCCGGCGUUCGUCUACUUCCUCUUAUAAUGUUUAUGGUUGCUGUAUCAAUGUUGAAUGGCUUUCUGAUGCCAAGAUACGGACUGAUUCCUGUUUGGUAUAUUGGAGGUAGUGCUCUGGCACUCAUCGGUAGUGCUCUAAUGUAUACCAUUGAUGAAACCACAUCUAACGGCAAGGUAUACGGCUACAACAUACUUGUCGGAGCCGGAGCGGGAUGUUAUAUCGUCGCUGGGUUCGCUAUAAUGCAGUCAUUGGUUCCCACUAACGAAAUUGCUAAUGCAGUUGGUGCCAUGACAAUUUCCCAGGAUCUCGGGAUGGUACUUUUUCUUGCUAUCAGUGGCAGCCUGUUCCAUAACGUCGCCGUUGACAAAGUGGGCAAUGCUCUGCCAACUGCCUCCGAAGCUGAGAUUGGAAACUUGAUUGCGGGCACCAGCAGCGCCGUGUUCAAAGCCCUUUCUGAAGACGAGAAGGCCGUGGUUAUUCCAGAAAUCGCAAGUGCUAUGAAGAGCAUCUGGGCUUUUUUCAUGGCGGCCGCUGCCCUUAGUUUCGUGUGCGCUUGCCCACUAGUCAAAGCUAAUCUUGGUGGAGAGAAGAUCGAACCAACUGCGAUAGCCUAA